CUGCUUGGUUGUUUAACUGGUCCAGGAGGAUGGUGGAGUAACAAGCAUCACCAGCUGUCCCGUCUCACAUACUUCACUUACGUAGACAGAAAACAGAACAAAGAGAGAGACGAAAAACAAGACAAAGGCGCGGUACGCCAUCGAGAGAGGGGCGACGGCGUUGCUGGUGGACAUCGAUGACCUGGUCAGUGCUCAGGAGGAGCUCUUCGCUGAAGACGCCGCCAGGGAUGUGCUCAAGAGACCCCUUGUGGUGCUCCUACCGACUCAGGCCCGUAAACUCUACAGUUUUAUCAUGAGGCCGAUGACCUCCUACGCUCGCAUCGAGAUCCCCCCGGCGCGGGACCACUUCGACUUGGGCAUCUUCCUGACGUGCUUCCUGCUCAUCUGUCUGGUGUGCCUGGUCAUCGUGGUCAAGAUGAGGUGGAGGAGGAACAACAAACAGAACACACUGGCACAACAAGCCAAGCGAGCGCUCUCACGGAUGGAAUGUAGAAGAUACAAGGACAAGAAGAAAGACGAGAAACACAAGAUUAAAGUCAAACUUAAGAAGAAGAAGACAGUAGUGAAGCUUACUAGGAGUGAAGGAGGAGGAGGAGGAGGAGGUGGUAGUGGAGGAGGAACUGGUGGAGGAGGAGGAGGAGGAGGAGGCGGCGGCGGCGGCGGCGGCGGCAGCGGCGGCGGUGGGGGUGGCGGUGGAAGCGGCGAAGAAGAGAGUGGUAAAGGAGGAGAGGAAGAAGAAACAGAGGAGGAUGAGGAAGAAGGCAGUCAUGAGAUAUCAGUUCUGUCUGAAGGUCCUGAGGUGUGUGUGGUGUGUCUAGAGGAAUACCGACCUCAUCAAGAACUAAGAGUUCUGCCCUGUAAACACGAGUUCCACCGCGCCUGUGUUGACCCAUGGCUCCUCCAGCACCGCACUUGUCCUCUCUGUAACUACAACAUUAUCGAAGGUUGCUACGAGAGUCCUCCAGUUACCUGUACCUCAGGUCCAUCACUGACCCACGCCACCCACCUCUACACCACGCCCACGCACGCGCAGUACGUGUUGGCACCUUCUAGCCCCGCCCACGCCUGCGGCCACCCGGGAUGUACGGUACACGCCGGGCUAGGAGCUACUAUCCACGGCUAUACUGGCCUUGGGUACACCCCUCUUCCUCCAGGGUACAUUAGCCCCCCACCGGGCUAUACUAGUCCUAAUAUCGGGUACGCCAGUCCCGACCCCGGGUAUACGGGUAUGGUGAGUGGGUAUACCAGCCCCACUGUUGGGUACACUAGUCCCGCAGGGGGUUACAAUACCCCCACCAGCGGGUAUAUGAGUCCCAGUGCUCGUUAUCAUUCAUUGCGAGGUGGGCAUACUAGCCCUCACAGUGGGUGUCUGGGCACCAUAGGCGGGUAUUGCGGGUCGGUGAGCGGGUACGGUGGCUCCGUUGGAGGGUAUGGCGUGGGGCCAGUUUGCGGGUAUGGCCCAGGUGGUGCGGGAAGCGGGUGCGGGUUGGGGUGUGUAGGGGCGUGUCUUCACGAUGGUUGCCUCAUGUAUCCACCCACAGCAGCCCCACACAACCAGCGAUGUGAGCACACCCACACUACCGCCCACAAACACCCACAAGGAUCCAGCAGCGAGGAGGCGGAAUACCAGAUUGUGGUGAGUAUACCUUUAUUGUAUGUAUCCCUUCAUCCUUAUCCAUAGCUUUAUCGUAUCUCC